CAGUGCUAGCGGGAGCCGAGCGGGAGCCGCGCGGGAGCAGCGCAGCGACGGCGGUAGCGGCGGCGGUUGCGUUCCGAAGCCGUUGAGACGCCUCUGCGGCAGCUAGUGGCGCAGGUGGCCUGCGUGGACGCAGGCAAAGGCGGCCAGCUCGCCACCGUAGCCUCCGUGCCCGUGGCCCGGCAGGCGCGUCGCACGCCCGCGGCAUCCCCUCCUCCCGCCGGCUCCGCCUCACCGCGCGCCCGCCGGCCCGCCAGCCCGCCGCAGCAGCUCCUUGUUGGGCUCCGGACCCCGGCGUCACCCCCGAAACAUGACUCGCGAUUUCAAACCCGGGGACCUCAUCUUCGCCAAGAUGAAAGGCUAUCCUCAUUGGCCAGCUCGGGUAGAUGAAGUUCCUGAUGGAGCUGUAAAGCCACCCACAAACAAACUACCCAUUUUCUUUUUUGGAACUCAUGAGACUGCUUUUCUGGGACCAAAGGAUAUAUUUCCGUACUCCGAAAAUAAGGAAAAAUACGGCAAGCCAAAUAAACGAAAAGGUUUUAAUGAAGGUUUAUGGGAAAUAGAUAACAAUCCAAAAGUGAAAUUUUCUAGUCAGCAGGCCUCAACUAAGCAAUCAAAUGCAUCAUCUGAUGUUGAAGCUGAAGAAAAAGAAACUAGUGUUUCAAAGGAAGACACUGACCAGGAAGAAAAAGCCAGCAAUGAGGAUGUGACUAAAGCAAUUGAUAUAACUACUCCGAAGGCUGCCAGAAGAGGGAGAAAGAGAAAGGCAGAAAAACAAAUAGAAACAGAGGACACUGGAGUAGUGACAACGGCAAUAACAUCUGUUAAUCUAAAAGUGAGUCCGAAAAGAGGACGCCCUGCAGCUACAGAAGUCAAGAUUCCAAAACCAAGAGGCAGACCCAAAAUGGUAAAACAGCCUUGUCCUUCAGAGAGUGACAUGGUAACUGAAGAAGAUAAAACUAAGAAGAAAGGCCAAGAGGAAAAACAACCUAAAAAACAACUGAAAAAGGAUGAAGAAGGCCAAAAGGAAGAAGAUAAACCAAGAAAAGAGCCUGACAAAAAAGAGGGGAAGAAAGAAGUGGAAUCAAAAAGGAAAAUUUUACCUAAAGCAGGGGUUGCAUCAACCUCUGAUUCUGAAGAAGAAGGGGAUGAUCAAGAAGGUGAAAAGAAGAGAAAAGGCGGGAGAAACUUUCAGGCUGCCCAUAGACGGAACAUGCUAAAAGGGCAGUAUGAGAAGGAGGCAGCCGAGAGAAAACGCAAGCAAGAGGAGCAGAUGGAAACUGAGCAGCAGAAUAAAGAUGAAGGGAAGAAACCAGACGUUAAGAAAGUGGAGAAGAAGCGAGAAACAUCAAUGGAUUCUCGACUUCAAAGGAUACAUGCUGAAAUAAAAAACUCACUCAAAAUUGAUAAUCUUGAUGUGAACAGAUGUAUUGAGGCCCUGGAUGAACUUGCUUCACUUCAGGUCACAAUGCAACAAGCUCAGAAACACACAGAGAUGAUUACAACACUGAAAAAAAUACGGCGAUUCAAAGUUAGUCAGGUUAUCAUGGAAAAGUCUACAAUGUUGUAUAACAAGUUUAAGAACAUGUUUUUGGUUGGUGAAGGCGACUCUGUGAUCACACAAGUGCUGAAUAAGUCUCUUGCUGAACAAAGGCAGCAUGAGGAAGCGAAUAAAACCAAAGAUCAAGGAAAGAAAGGGCCAAACAAAAAGCUAGAAAAGGAACAAACAGGUUCAAAGACUGUAAAUGGAGGAUCUGAUGUUCAAGAUAGUAGUCAGCCACAACAUAAUGGAAAUAGUGAAGAAAGCAAAGACAACCAUGAGACCAGCCUUAAGAAAAAGUCAUCUAGUGAAGAGAGGGAAACAGAAAUCUCUAUGAAGGAUUCUACAUUAGAUAACUAGGCUGACACACCCAGAGGAAAGGACACUUGAGAAGCUUGUAAUGGUUUUCGCUUGAGAUAUUUAGACUGCUGAAAAGGAAAGUUUAAAAUUUUUAUAAGCAUAGGUUUUCAUGUUAAAAACUUGCUUUCAGGGGGAGAUCCCUUUGUUGAAAAUUGAACAUUAUUGCUAAUUGUACUUGUGCAGUAUUAACAGCUACAAUAUACAAAUGUGGAGGAAAAUCCAUUUAGAAAAUGUUAAGCUGCUUUUCCAGACAUUAUGGUUGUAGCAUAUUUUCAAUUAGUGUGUGUAAGUUAAUGUGUAAUUGAUAGAGAAAAAGUUACAUUUUUAAACCUCCUACUUGUAUAAUACCUUUCCUCUUUUCCCUAAUACUGUGGGUUUUGUGCAUAGUUUUUACACAUGUUGAAUUUACCAGACUGUCUUAUUCACUGUUGUGGGUUUUUGUAGAAGUUGAGCAUUUUUAUGGUAGUUGAAAUGUUACUUCUAUACAAGUACUCACUCCCUUGUUUUAUUGAAUCUCAGUCUAUAUUGUGCUAUAUUAUCCUGCUGCUUUGUAACACAGUGUGGUCUGUUCGCCUUUUUGUAUGACAAUUAGCUAUCCAACUGAAGUGAAACUGACAAUUUUUGCAAGGUACAAAACUCAAGUUAAUUUUUAAAGAUAAGUUUUGUGGCUGGAAAUUCAGUGAA